GUGAAAUAGUCAAGUCAACACAUGCAAUUACAAGGACUUGUAUAGUUCGGUCCAGACUCCAGAAAUCAGAGUCUCAACACUCAACCUCAACCUCGAGCUUCGAGACGUGACAAAACCAAACCCCGUAGCGGGCGUGCGCGCGCGCGCCGAGUAUAUAUAAUAUUAUAGGCUCUCAAAGGAGUAUCCGGACUCGGCAGCUGCGACAGCCGCGAGUCAUCCCCGAGAGUCGAAGGAAUCCUACCGACGAAGAGGGCACGCGAGAGAGCAUCGGGCUGGCAGGUUCUCUGCAGCAGCUCUUUACUCCCGGCUAACGCUCGUCAACGUAGAAUGAGCGGCGAGCAGGAGGCUACGGACAGCAGGCUAACCACCCAGGAGGAACCAGGAGCUAUGGGCGACGUCCUCACCAAGGAAGACCAGCAGCAGCACCACUGUGACUCCGAGGCUGUUUUAGAGCAGCAUCAAUCCCUCGAGCCUGUCGUGUCCUUCACCGAGCCCCAGCUUCUUAACCACCAGCCGCUUCUUACAGAGAUUAUGGAUGUAGAUAAAGUAGAGUUGACAGCACAGGCAGUGCUGAGUAGCCAAGUCAGUGUUGACAGUGAUUUGAUGAGCUUGUUUAAGCCCUAUGAAAAUGCCAUUAAUAAUGGCACUGGUACAAUGGAAAUUGUCCAAAAUGAUGAGUACUUAUUGUGUAAAGAGCAAUGCCUAGCCAAUGACAGCUCUACUGUUGAUGAUUUAUGUGACUGUAAAGAGUGCAAGUGGAAAAAAAGAGAUUUAUCUAAAGAAGACUUUGAAGAAAUGAUCAAGUGUAAGCAUCUCGGUGUAAACUUGAGGCAUUACAUAGGUUCCACAUUUCAUUGGUUUAUGGAAACGUCAGGAUUUUCUGGAAACCCAUCUACAACACUGCCUCAGCCUCAAGAUCUAGAUUCCAUUGAAAAUCUUGAUGAACUCAGAAAGUCUGUGGUUUUAUUGUGCGAAAAAGUACCUUAUCAAUUGUUCAUGUGGUUGGUCGGACAAGCCCAAGAAUUUGUGAUAGGUGUUAAGGUUCAAUUGUUGACACUUUUGUAUGACCGCAGCGUUGGUAACUUAGCAGAAGUUUUUAUAACAAAACUUUUAGACGGAUAUGAAGCCUUGUUAGCUACAGCUGUACAUAUUUCCGAUUUACUACAGCCUUUGCAAAAUGAACUUUUUAGUAAAGUCAACUUAACGUGGAGUUACAUUAACAAAAGUUUAUACCAAAAUUAUGUUUUUAGCGACCCUUUGAUACAAAAUAAUUUACCUUCGUAUCUUGGACAGUUGAAAGAAUGUAUGAAAGAAGAUAAUUCGAACAAACAUCUUCUAGAUCGUUACUUUGCGUUCAACGAUGAAAUAACUAAAAUUGGAUCUUUGUGUCCAGAAAUUGAACGUCUCAUCGACAAGUACAAUGCUGAACAAGUAACUGGUUCUGUGAUGAAAAAAGUUCGCGAAGAUUUCGAGCGAUUCAAAACGAGAUUAAAACUCGAUUUGCCCAUUUACACUGAUGAAAAUUUAGAAUUCAUUAAGGAAGUGGAUGACAGUGUUGUUCGCGUGUCGAGGAUAGGGGCCUUCCGAGCCACCCUCGAUCACGUGCACACCGCGUUGUCUGCAUCCUCGUCCGAGGACAACAACGGCACAACAAAUCUCUCGGUUGCGUAUACCUUAGUAGACCGGGUAGGGCGGCCUGUGCGGCCAGCAUAG